AUGCUCCACCACUUCUUAGUUCAUGCAGCUUUUCAGACCAGCAGGUGGCUUCCAAGAGAUCAAAGGUUAAAAUUUCAGAUCGUUCUUUUCAUCUUCGUGGUGCUUUUCCUGACACCACAGUUUUAUGUUCUGUCAAGGCCCAAAACUUCUCGUUAUUGCGAAAAGCCGCUGUUAAACAAUCUCAUAGUCUUCAUUGUGUUCUCCUUCGUUGCAACUGGUUUGGCUGUAGCGCUUACACUCACUGACCCAGUUCCCAAGAGCAUCAGGGUCGCUUUUCACUCAUUUGGGCUUUUCACAUUUAUCCAGGGGCUCUGUACGGUCAUUCUUACCCUGUCUGCACCUCAGUGUGCAAAGACCACUACAGAAUUAUACAUAUUUUCUUUGGUAGUCUCUUGGGCCUGCAUACUCUCAACAGCUUUCUUUCUGGUUAGAGGAGGUCUUUGCCUGGUCCACAGACUGUUUCCUCAUUGGUUAAGAGAUACGUGCCUCUGGGGUUGAAAAUGAGCCACUGCUGCAGUAUGGCCUUCUACUGACACUCAAUACAGGUGCAUCUAUUAUUUACAUGGUUUCACUGCUUUACAGACAGACUUUUAGACACACACAUACAAAUUGUAUUUUUCAUUUUUGUAAAAACUAUAUAUAUAAACACAUUGUGUCUGUACGGUUGGUUCAUAUUUGCAAACAAGGGAAAAAAACAACCAGUUGAUUUCAAAAAUAUAUUUUAUUGCUAGGUAGUAAAACCACUGCAAAAUAUAACAUGAUGUAUGUGAUUCCAUGUAAUACAGCUGAAUACUGUAACAAAUGUUUCUUAAAACAUAUAAUGGAAAAGCAAUACAUUUUAUUUAACCUCUUAAGACCCUGUGUCCUCAAUUAUAAGUCUGGGUGUCCUGUAAGGAGCACAUUCAGAGCUUUUUUUCAGAGAUAUCAAAUGAUUGGAUGUUUCACCACGAUCACUCCCUCUCCUUGAUCUUCACAACUCUUUUAGAAAUGUGAUAUUUCAUAAUUAUGAUUUACAUCUGUCUAAUUGUUAAACUGCGUGUCAUAAAUCACCCUCCUGGGAAAAUGUUAUGGGGAUUAAGGAAGUUGACUUGAUACAUGUCUUCAUUUGACACCAGGACUAUAAUGCAUUUUGGGAGACAUAACAAAUGAAUAGGGAAAGAAAUUAUAUUUUAGUAUUCUGUUAUAUAUUAUUAUGAAAAUCUGGUUACUUCCAUUAUUACACUUCUUUUGUCAUGAUAUGUUGGCCCAAAAACACAUUAAUACGUAAAUUAGAUUGUAUAUAAUACGAAAACCCAUGAGAAUUUUACACACAUUUUGCUGAAAGAAAAAAACGGUAUAACUGUUAUAACAUAGUUGAGAAUGAUCUUUAUACAAAGUUUGGUAAACAAAAAAUAUCUUUAAAAAUUAAAAUGUAUUGGUGAUAUUCAAAAUCAAUGCUGUGCCUAUUCAUGUUCAUUCAUGUCUUUUAAUUAUUUUAAAGAAAUUCCUUUGUCCUGAUGUCCUAAAGUAGCAUACUUAGCAUAACCUAUGGAUAAAAUAUAAUUUAAUUUUUUUUUUUUUACAGAUUAUUUUUAAU